AGACCCCGCGAGAAGAGAUGACCAUGACCACCAUGCCAGAAAGUCUCAACAGCCCCGUGUCGGGCAAGGCGGUGUUUAUGGAGUUUGGGCCGCCCAACCAGCAAAUGUCUCCUUCUCCCAUGUCCCACGGGCACUACUCCAUGCACUGUUUACACUCGGCGGGCCAUUCGCAGCCCGAUGGCGCUUACAGCUCGGCCUCGUCCUUCUCCCGACCGCUGGGCUACCCCUACGUCAACUCGGUCAGCAGCCACGCGUCCAGCCCCUACAUCAGUUCGGUGCAGUCCUACCCGGGCAGCGCCAGCCUCACCCAGAGCCGCCUGGAGGACCCAGGGGCUGACUCGGAGAAGAGCACCGUGGUGGAAGGCGGUGAAGUGCGCUUCAAUGGCAAGGGGAAAAAGAUUCGCAAACCCAGGACGAUUUAUUCCAGUUUGCAGUUGCAGGCUUUGAACCGGAGGUUCCAGCAAACUCAGUACCUAGCUCUGCCCGAGAGGGCGGAGCUCGCGGCCUCUUUGGGACUCACGCAGACGCAGGUCAAGAUCUGGUUCCAGAACAAGCGCUCCAAGUUCAAGAAGCUGAUGAAGCAGGGCGGGGCUGCUCUGGAGGGUAGUGCGCUGGCCAACGGCCGGGCGCUGUCUGCCGGCUCCCCGCCGGUGCCGCCCGGCUGGAACCCCAACUCCUCUUCCGGGAAGGGCUCGGGCGGCAGCGCGGGCUCCUACAUCCCCAGUUACACGUCGUGGUACCCCUCGGCGCACCAAGAAGCUCUGCAGCAACCCCAACUCAUGUGAGGUUGCACG